UGAAGCAGCGGAAGAGGAAGACGAAAACUCAAACCAAGAAAACAAAAAAACCACACCUGCUCAAUCAGUGUUGGCACAGAUUUUGCACAGAGAUGGGUCAGUGGAGCUGCGGCAUCUUUUUGGUGCUUUUUCUGUGUGAAGUCGCACAUGCUGCUACUACAUCAGAGGUUGGAGGUCACAAAGGCACCCAGAGACGUCUUCUGAUACAGAACAGGACAGCCGACUCAGAUGGGAGCUCAAAGUCAGUGGAAUGGUCCUAUCUGGCUGCAGCACUGGGCACAGUCCUCACCCUUUCACUCCUCAUCGUGUUGGCUGUUAAGUUUCGCCUUUUACAUCGCUUUCUGGCCAGCUACAGACACUCCCUGCUCCAGGAGUCUGAUGGGGUGAGCCAGUACGGUCAAGAGGACAUGUCUUUCCCCAACAACGUGUCAGGUCGAAUAGGAGCCGUCAGAGGGACUCGGAGUGGGCUGGACGAUGACGACGAUGGCUUCAUUGAGGACAACUACAUCCAGACGAGUGAGAAGCACAUGCCAGAAAGAGAGGAUGAGGAGAUAGAGGGGACAGAUGACAGCGAUGACGACCUUCAGUUCACGAUAGGCUGAUUAGAUCAAUUUAUCCAAAAUAACUGCUUAGCAGCUAAAAACAAAAAAAUCAUUUUUUAUAGAGAUUUUAAAUGACAGUUGAUUAAAACCUUCCUCCCUUGUGAGCCCUUAAAAAAAGGCAGACCUAUAAACUUCUCAGGAAAUAGGAAAUCAGAAUUUCUUUCUUUUUUUAGUCUGCUCACAUUGCCUGUUUUACAACCCCUUAGAUUUAUUUUGUGACUCCUGACCUGGGCCCUGACCUACUUACUGAUAGAGUCAGUGAAGGGAAAGAAUCUGAACACUCGAGUUUUUUUUAUCCACAGAAACUUCACAGUCUGAGCCACGCAACCUUUCUGACCACAGCCUCCUUCAGUAGACAGAUGGCCGACCUGAAGAAUAUUCAUAUUAAACCGAUUCAAAGUUGACCUUCCUGGUGUUGCGCUGACUUCUACAAUGUUGACGACUCUUUUGCUUUUUGAUUUGAUUCUGUGUAGAAAUUGUAUAUCCUGCUAAAUGAGAAGAAAAAUCAGCAGAUGUUAAUCAUUCGCAUUUAAGUUACCUGAAUUAAUUUUUUUGCUAUUAUUACAUUUUGGCUAAGUGUUAACACCAAAGAGUUAAAACACCUUCACACUCGCACAACUGAAUGUUUGUCUGUGUAUGUGAAAUUAUUUUUUGAGCAUUCACUUCUUUAAUAAAGUCAAUUUAACUUUAAUUAAAACACAGAAAUGUUUUGAUUUGAUGUGAGAUUUACUCUUUAUUUACAACUAUAACCACUCA